AUGGCAUGCCCCAAGAACCUCUCCUCGACCGCAUUAGACGCAACGAUGCCAAACUCCAACGACUCCAGCUCCGUCGAGUCUCACUUGACCGCCUCCGUCUCUGACACCUCCGCCAACAGCAGGCCGCAGACUCCCUCCAACGCCUUCGCAACCGACAAGCCGACUCGCGCUGUCCAACCAUUCGAGCCAGCUCCAGCCAACAAACACACGACUUUCCCCCUUCCCAUACUCCAGCGCCCAAACCUCACGACACUUCGGAUAACCGACAACGCACGGAACAGGUUCAACCUUUUCCAUAUAGGUCAAGUCGCUGCCUAUAUUGCAGCCGAGAAUUCUAUUCGUUCUCGCCACUUCAACCCUCGCCUACUUCCAUUUGGGUUUGAAGAGUUCACGGCGAUCUUCAAUGCCGCUGUUGCCAAAACCGGGUCACCCAAGCGCUUCGCGGUAUACGACUACACUACCAGCACCGCUUGCAUCAAAGGCGAGAAGAUUACCUUAGAAGAUUUUAGUAUUGACCCUGCUCUCAUCGGUUGGCGCCGUGUUCUCUCGCCCAAGCGUCAACGCCUUCUGGAGCAACUAUUGUGGCAAAACGUAGAGGCGGGUUCUAACCGGAACAAGAAGCGCAAGUUCUCGUCCCAUGUUCCCACCGAAUCUCCAUCCCACUUUCAGCACGAUGACGACGACGACGACUCUUCCAACGGAGCCGCUGCGAUGGUCUACUAG